AUGGGAAAAGCAAAAUCUGUUGGAGGGUUGGGUUUCAGAGAAUUUGAAAGCUUUAACACUGCUUUAUUAGCUAAACAAGCUUGGAGAAUUAUACAAAAACCUUUGUCUUUGGCAUCGCAGGUUCUUAAAGUGAAAUACUUUCCUACAACAGAAUUCAUGAAGGCAAAGGAUAGGUGGUUGCCUAUUCCCACUAGUUAUAAAGUCCAAUCUGUUUCACAAAUUCUGCCUAGGGACGCCAAUGUAGCUUCUGUUAUCAACCAUACAAUGAAAGAAUGGAAGAAGGAAUUGGUAAAGGAGAUAUUUGGAGAAGCUGAAGCUGAUACUAUCAUUAAGAUCCCAAUCAGUUCCACUGGUGUAGAGGAUAAAUUAAUAUGGGUAGGAACCAAAGAUGGAGUAUUUACAGUGAAGAGUGCAUACCAUUUACAAAAGGAGCUAAAUGCACUAAGGUUUGUUCAACCCUCUUCUGCUAUUACAAACAAAAUUGAGUGGACUAACUGUUGGAAUUUUCAAAUUCCAAAUGCUGUAAAGACCUUUUUGUGGAGAGCUUGUCUUGAGUCAUUAUCUACAAGGUUUAAUCUAGUUAAGAAGCAAAUUUGUGAAUCCUCUAAGUGCCCUAUUUGCUUGAGUGAGGCUGAAACUAUGAUCCAUAUUUUGUGGAACUGCCCAUCUGCUAUGGACGUGUGGAGUCGAGGUCCAGCUGGUUUGCAGAAAAGCUCUAUCAGACCUGGAAAUUUUGGUGAUUUACUUGAAGCUCUAAUCUCAACCUGUGAUCAAGAUACCAUUGAAUUAUUUGCUUUUGCAACAAGGAACAUUUGGCAUAGGAGGAACCUUUUUAUUUUUGAAAAUUCCUUUAUUCACCCCUGUGAAGUGAUGCAGACAGCCAAGAAAUCUUUAAAAGAAUUCAAAGCUGCUCAACCCAAAUUUAUUACAUCUUCUCAAGGGAUGAUAGAAGAGGAUUGGCUCUGGAAACCUCCUCCACCAGAAGCUCAAGGUGCCUUGUAUGCUGUCGAUCUAGCUAUAGAAUUGGGAUGCAGCUCUAUUAUUCUGGAGGGUGAUUCUCUUUCAAUUGUCAAAUGUUUACAGCAACCAGUGGUUAGAUGGGAUCGGGUGGGGAUGAUUUUGAAUGAUACUAAGUCUAAACUUUCAGGUUUAAUUAGUUGUGAUGUUUUAUUUGUUAAACGAGCAGCUAAUGUUUAUGCUCAUCAACUUGCAAAAGCUGCACUAUCAAUUCCUGAGGAUGUAGUUGCCUUGGUUGUUAGUCCAGAAAGUUUGCAUUCUGUAACGUUUGAUGAUGUUUAA